AUUUCUUUUCUUUCCCUCUUCUCCCCCCUUUUUUUCUCUUUAAUAAUAAUAAUAAAAAGCAUUUUUUAUUUAUUUGUUUCUUUAUAUUUUACAGUAAUGUCUGACUAUAAAGAUAUUAUAUCUAAAUCCGUACCACUUUAUCACCAUGAACAAGUACCGUUUCAUUCAUUUUCAAGACAACACACUUCUUCUACAAUGAAUAAUAAUAAUAAUAAUUCUUUUUUUAAUGAUUCAACAGAAACUUUAAAACAAGAGCAUCAUCUACAACAAGCAAAUCCAAUUACCAGUGAAUUACAAGAUAUUAUCAUGAGCUAUCAAUCUCAACCUGAUUUACUAAGAUUGAUAUUAUUGAGUAAAUUAGAAGAAGACAAACGUAGAGCAGAAGAAGCUAAACUUAGAUCAAAAGAACUCGACCUCUUAUUAACACAACAACAAAUGAUACAUAUUGAACACCAUCAUGAUAAUUCUCUUUUAUCAUCAUUUCAACAAGUUACACCACCACAAAGUAGUAAUUCAUCUACAAUAGACAUAAAAGGAUAUAAUAGUAAUAACCCUAUCAUGAUGAUGCGACGUACAAGUUUUGAUGCCGUUUUAUCGUCCCCUACACUUUUACAGAACCGUAGACGUGAGUCUACUAUAGCUUCUUCAUUUACUGCUGAUUCAGAUGAAUUUGAUGACAAACUAUUUUCACCUAUUCCCACAUCCUCUAUUACCCCUGUCUCUACCGCCACUGCUACUUCUACUACCACUUCUACUACCAUUACUACCAAUACUCCUACAGCCGCUAUUCCUAAUUUCUCGCUUCAAAUGGAAAGUUAUAAUAAUAGUUCUACAAUGGAAAUGAUGUCUUUAUUAGAUAAUCAAAAAGCAUAUAAUACAACAUCAGCGGCCUAUUCAACGUCGAGACUCGAUUAUGAACCGACAUUUAAUCCAUUAGAUAUAAAUAGUGAAUUAUGCAAUAAUUUAUCAUCAACAGUGGUGGGAUAUGAUUUCCCAUCAAAACCACGUAGAAGAAGAGAAAUGCAAGCGAUUACAAAAAUAGUUGAAACUCGAGAAUACCCUUAUAUCGAUGGACACUUUUGGAAAAAUAACGGUAAUACGAUUCAAAAGAAAACGGGCAAUAAAAGUAUUUAUUAUAAAUGUUCAAACAGUAAUAAGGAAUGUCCAGUGAAUAAAACAGUAACAUGGAAAGAUCAUGGAGAAUAUUUAAUAAAAUAUCGUGGUGAUCAUUUACCAGAUUGUAAUAAAGUUCAAAGAAUUGUAGAUGUAUAAAGUAAAAGAUCUUUUUUUUUUUUUAUAGAAAGGAGGAG